AUGUCAAGGUUAAGAAUUCAAUCGCUUGAUUAUGGACCAUUUCUGGUGCCAAAGCCCAGUUUUGAAUCUGUCUCUUAAAAAUAUGUCUAUUUCUACUGAAUCCCUUAAAAAUAUAUAAAUACUGCAUUUUUCCACAAAAAUUUAAUUUACAUAGCUAUAUAACUGAUUUUUUUUUAAAAAAUAAUUAUUGAAAACUUUUAGAAAAUAAUUGAAUCAACAAACUCAUCAGACAGCACUUAUCGAGAAAUGAAGCUUGAUGAGCUGUAUUUGGCACUCGAAAAGAAAGGGAUUCCUAUCCCUAAGUUUGCUUUGUACUUCAAUGGAAAACGUCUCAAAAGAUCGAAUUUCAUAGAAGCUAUAAAUUCAACUGAAAACAUCCAACUACUGAGCUCCAAAAAUAAGGUUAUGAGCAUGAAGCUCCAAAUCAAGAUUGGAGUCGAAGAUUUCUGUAUGAUUGUUAAGAAUCCACAAAAACUUACAAUAUGGAGACUAAUCAUAAAAAUUGCCAAACUCAGAGGUCUAUGUACUGAAAACCUCCGUAAAAUCAAAUGUCUAAACAAGUUUGUUGCGCUAGAUUACGACCAAACCCUCAACGCCAGCUCAAACAACUGCAAUUUUGCAUUAGAAAUCAAAGAAGAAUCAAAGCGCAUUAAAAGGUCUUGGAAAGAAAUUAAAUUUCACAGCGAAUCCCGUGAAAAUCUUCUUUCCAUAUCGGUCAGUCCUACCAAAACAAUAAGGAAACUUAAGCAAUUGGUCUGUCUCAAGACCCUUAAUGACCUACCUUAUAUAAAGCUAGUCAAAAAUAAUGUCCCGCUACAAGAAUCCCAAACUAUCGAAAGUGAAAUCAAUGACGGUGAUAUUAUCGAAAUAAUAAAACAUAGACCUGGAGGAUUGGUCGGAGGCUUAUGCUUUAAUAGCCUCAAUGAAAUCGUCGAAAAAAGAUUUGACGACGAAGCCCCAGACUGGAGAAGUGUAAAGCCAGGCCUUUCCUGGAGAUGUGAAUGUGAAAAUGAAGAAUGUAGAGCUUAUAAAGAAUAUGUAGUAGUCAAUAUCGGUUUUGGCUCGUUCGAUGUCGCAAAAGUUAUAUGAAACUUAAAAUGCCCUGAAUGCAAGCAGGGAAUUGAAAUUGGAAAAAUUUCUAAUAUAGGAUUUCAUAAAACAGACUGGAGAAUUGAUGGCAGGCUUCAAAGCGGCAAAGUGGUGGAAAGGUCCGGGGAAGCAGGAAGCGAACAAUAUAUGACUUUUCAAGAUGGGGUAACAGCGGAAUGGGCCUAUUUAACAAUUGAAGCUGUGGACUGUCAUGAUCGAAAGAUUGAGCCUUGCUAA